AAAUUAAAGGCGUUCCAUCCGUUCCUGUGCUUGGGUCUUUAUGGAACUCAACUCGUACUACAUGUGAGAAGUGAACCGUGAGUAUAUUUCCUAUCAUCAUCUCCUCCUCCGUGAGCUCAGAGACCUUCCUACUGCUCUUGACUACCUGGAUUCUAUUACCUGGAGAGACUCUCUAUCUACCAUCUCAGUUGAAGGGCCCGGGAAGGUACUAUUGCCAGGUACAGAUACAAACAUCUUGUUCAAGAUAAGUCAGCUCACUUGCCUGGAUACCAUUCGACAUUGCACAUCAUGCCCUACCGAUCACCUUACCCACCCAUCGACAUCCCCAAAUGCAACAUCCUAUCCUACCUGUUCCCUUCGGAUAAGCCGCUCUCGGAGAAACCGUUAUGGAUCGAUGCUGCCAAUCCAUCCCACAGCUUGUCGCCCGCCCAGAUGCUGUUAUGGAUCAAACGGCUGGCUGCGGGCCUUGACCGAAUCGGCGUGGGCGAGUCUCAAGCAAUCCUGGUCUUUACUCCCAACCAUCUCUAUGUCCCAGUCGCAUAUCUAGCCGCCGCGGGUUCCAAGCGUUUCUUCACCGGCGUCAACCCCAUAUAUACGGUCGGCGAAGCCGCCCUACAGAUGAAGACGGUCUCAGCCGCUGUGGUCCUAGUCCAUCCGUCACUGCUCGACACAGGCGUCGCCGCCGCCAAGCAAGCCAACAUUCCCGCCGACAGAGUCUUUCUCUUCUCCGACACACCGACCGAAACUACCAAGGGGAUCAAAGAUUGGAGGACCCUGGUCGCAUCAGAGGACGAAGCCCGCUCGUGGCAGUGGGACCCAUUGGAAGGAGAGGCAGCUCUCAACACCAUUGCCACCAUCAACUUCUCCAGCGGCACCACAGGCAUCCCCAAGGGCGUGUGUAUCACCCACCGCAAUUUGAUCGCCAACGCGAGCCAGUCCAUCCACAAUAAAUACGUGGGCACCCCGUACUCAGGCGACCGGCCUCGACCAGAGCGAUGGCUGACCUUUCUACCAUUAUACCACGCCUACAGCCAACUAUGGACCAUCAACAUUGCAUGUAAACUGGGCUUCCCAGCCUACAUCAUGUCCAAGUUUGUAUUUGAGGAUUUCCUGAAAUACAUUCAGAAAUACCGCAUCACUGAAAUGCAGGUCGUGCCACCCAUCAUUGUCAUGUUGGCCAAACGAGCCGAAACAGCCAAAUACGACAUCAGCAGCGUGAAGCGCAUCAUCUGCGGAGCAGCCCCCUUGUCAGGCGACCUACAGAAUGAAGUAAAUCGACGAUUCGGACUAACCAUCGGUCAAGCUUGGGGCAUGACAGAGACGACGUGCGUGGGGAUCAUGAUCCCCGGCGAAACCGACGACAAGACCGGGAGUAUCGGACAUUUAUUACCCAACACGGAAGCGAAGCUAGUAGACGAAGAGGAAAACGAAAUCAAAGAGCCCGGAACACCAGGCGAAUUAUGGCUUCGUGGUCCCCAGAUGUUGAAAGCAUAUUGGAACAAUCCCCAAGCCACACGCGACAGUAUCACAGCAGAAGGUUGGUUCAAGACCGGCGACGUGGCUGUAUGCAAAGACAAUAACUGGUGGAUCGUCGACCGCAAGAAAGAAUUGAUCAAGGUGAACGGCCUACAAGUCGCCCCCGCCGAGCUCGAGGCCGUUUUACUCGAACAUCCUGACGUUGCUGAUGCGGCGGCCGUAGGCAUGCUCAUUCAUGACGAGGAACGGCCUCGUGCGUAUGUCGUUCUGCAACCGACGAUCAAUGCCAAUGGGAAUAAAGACUUUGAAUCCGAUAUUCAGGCUUUUGUCGCUGCUCGACUCGCGAAACAUAAACAUCUAACCGGAGGUGUUGUCCUGGUCGAUGAGAUUCCCAAGUUGGCAAGUGGUAAAAUUAUUCGGAAGUUGCUCAAGGAAUGGGCGAAGAGAGAUGCAAAGGCUCUUGAGGGGACUUCGAAGCCAAGGUUGUAAAAGGUAAGGAUAUGGUUGAUACUCAUCUAAGUACUUAGAUGGUUUGUUGUAUUCUGGCGAUGUCUGGACUACGAUCUACUUAGCUCGUGUCGUGCCCUUGGCUUGUCUAUAUAUGUAGAUUGGUUAUGUAUAUACUCUUAGAAAGGCUGGGAUUGCGUGGGCAGUGAAGAAUGAUAGGUUACGUUGGGUUAGAUUCGGGUUAUUGACUUGGAGUUUGUAAAGUGUCAAGAUGGCGAUAG